CAAAGAGCAAACCUUUUUUUCCUGCAGGAUUUCUUUGUGCGGAGACCAGCGAGCGCCGUCGAGGCGAGGAACCGUUUUUUUUUUGUUUCUUUUUUUUCCCUUCCCUGCCUGCUGACGCUGGUCUGCUAGCUGUGAUGCAGGAGGCAUGCUGGGGAGCGUGAGGGGAGCGCUCACGAUGGAGAGCUCCAAGGCGUACGGCCAAGCGGACGGCAAGGCCCUGGGGGCCAAGAGGGCCAAACCCGGGGGGCCUCAGAGCGCCCAGCGGGGAGAACUCAAGGUCUACCGUGCGGGCAGUUCUGAGGGCAGGCUCCCGGUGGCCUCCAGCCUGCGCAAGCAGAGGUCCAUGACCAACCUGGCGGUGCUGACUGACGCGGAAAAGAAGCUGCACCUGUACGAGCCCAGGUGGUGCGACGACAUGGCCAAGCAUGGCGGGCUGAGGAAGCCGGCCAAACCCGUGGCCAAGGUGGCGGGGGGCGGCGCCCCGCUUUCUCGAAACCUCUCCAAAUCGGAGCACUCCCUCUUCCAGGGAAAACCCAAGCCCUUCGCCCCUCUGGCCGCCCCCUCCGCCCCCGUCAAGCAGAGUCGGAUACCACGGGCUCCGUUCGCAGAGGUGAAGCCCCUCAGCAAGGCCCCCGAGGACCCCAGGUCUGAUGACGAGAUCCUCUCCAGCAAGGCCAAGACCGCCACCAGGAAAGCGGGAGCCGGCGAGUCGGGCUCCAAGGGGCAGGGCGAGGAAGGAGGCGACAAAGCCUUCCUGAAGGUGGACCCUGAGCUUGUGGUGACGGUGCUGGGAGACCUGGAGCAGCUGCUCUUCAGCAAGAUGUUAGAUCCUGAGUCGCAGAGGAAGCGCACGGUUCAGAAUGUCCUCGACCUUCGCCAGAAUUUGGAAGACACCAUGUCGAGUCUGCGAGGCUCCCAGCUCAGCCACAGCUGUUUGGAGAGCAGCAACGUGGCAUACGACAGCGACGAGACCAACGCCCGCAGCAUGUCCAGCCUCUCCAACCGCUCCUCGCCGCUGUCCUGGCGCCACGGCCAAUCUAGUCCUCGCCUCCAGGCGGGCGACGCCCCGUCCUCCACGGCGGGAGGAUACCAGGGGGUCAAGACCACCUGCCAGACCAUGCCCGCUCGCUGCUCGGGCCGCCUCAGCAGCACGUCGCGCAUCGAGCUGCUGGACGGGCUGGAGGAUGGCGAGCUGAAGUCCCGUUACCUGAGCGACAGUGACCUUCUGGGAAAGUGCCUCCGGGAUGAUGAGGACAACAUCGCUAAUGGCUGGGAUGAAAGCAGCUCCAUCAGCAGUGGUCUCAGUGACGGUUCAGACAACCUCAGCUCGGAGGAGUUCAACGCCAGCUCGUCCCUGGGCUCCCUCCCCAACACGCCCCUAGGGUCCAGACGCAACUCCUCAGUGAUGCUCCGCACCGACGCCGAGAAGCGCUCCCUGGUGGAGAGCGGACUCUCCUGGUACAGCGAGGACGGCAAAACGGGCCACAAGCCGGACGCCUGCGGGCCCUCGGACGCGGGCGGUCUCAAGAUGGAAGCGGCCAGCAAGUGGAGGAAGAAGCCUCCUAGCCUGAGUGAGGACCUGGGGGCCAGGGGGGACCCGAGGAAGCCCCAGAGUUUGGGCGCACCGGGGAGCUUCAAGAAGAGCCGGAACCCUCCGGUGGGAGUGACCUCGCCCAUCACGCACACAUCUCAGAGCGUGCUGAGAGUAGCAGCGCCCAAGAGCGAGAAGCCCCAGGAUAGGUCCAAGGUUUCCAUCAGGACUGCGGGUCUCCAGAGGUCACGGUCCGAUGCAGGCCGGGACCAUCACAUCAUGGAGCCCCGUAAGCCCCCUUCUGGUUUGGUCAAACCCACCACCGGCGCCUCCUUCGGAUACAAGAAGCCGCCCCCGGCCACUGGUACCGCCACCGUGCUGACAGCGGGGGGCAGCGCCGUCUCUGGGGGCUCUGCAACCGUGGGGAAAACUCCUAAGUCCACAGGGAUCCCGGUGAAGCCCAUGGGGGGCCGCAAGAACAGCUUUGACGCCAGCAGCGAGCAGAGUUUUCUGGGGCCGAAUGCCCGAAACAGCAUCCAGUACCGCAGCCUUCCUCGGCCCGCCAAGUCCAGCACGCUCAGCGUGAUCGGUCGCCCGUCAUCCCGACCUGUCAGUAGCACCAUCGAUCCGAGUCUGUUGACUCUGAAGCCGGUCAGCAUGGCCUUAGGCAAUCCACGCGUGAAAGAACCUUCCGCUUUUGGCGGUAAAAUGUCAAAUCGGACAUUCGCCGGCCCCGUCAACCAGACGGACAGAGAGAAGGAGAAGGCCAAGGCCAAAGCUGAUAUGGACUGUUGCUCGCUCAAAGGGGACCAGGUCGUGUCCGAGUCCUCACGGGAGUCUGUGGUGAAACUGCACGGCUUGAGACGGACCAGCAGCAGCAGAUAUCCCGAACUGUCAUCACCCACAACACCCAGGAUGUUGGCCAAGGGUCCUCUGGGUCGUCCCCCCAGCUUGGCUCACCUGGACAAAGUCAACUCCAACAGCCUGGACUCCUGCAUGAUUAUUCAGGACCUCCCACCCAAAGUUCCCCCUUACUCCAAGCUCCAGGACCUGGCGGGCUCCCACUCGGCGGCCCGCCUGACCCCCAGCCCGGCACCCGUGCUCCACAUCGACUCCCCCAGCUCCUACACCUGCGAGAGCCUGGGAGCGUCCCCUCUGCUCUACCCCAAACUGUCCAGCGUGCACCGCAGCAUGGAGUCUCUGCCCCUCCAGAUGAGCGUGGCCUCCUGUGCCAGGAUGGCCUCCGCGGAGAGGGGCGCAGGGACUUGGGGGGCCGGCAGCAGGACAUCCCUCAACAUCUUGGAAGGGAUGCAGGUGGACCGGAACACGUUGCCCAAGAAAGGCUUGGAACGCUGCGGCUCCAGCCUGUCGGACAGUGACGGCACCAAACCCGGCCGACGACACUCCCACAAUGUCAGCACCAGUGAGAGCCCACCUCAGCUGCCUUCACCCCCCCGCCCACGGCACCUCCUCCACAGCACCAGAGCCCCUCUCACCAACGUGGUGGCCCCAAUCUCGUCGGGCCCUCAGAGGAUGUCGCGCUCCAACAGCAUCGGGCCCCCUAGUGACUCCGCCUGCGAGCUGUUUGGCUCCUCCCCCCUGGGCAGCAGCAUGUCCCUGGCCGACAGGCCCAAGAGCAUGAUGCGUUCAGGGUCUUUCCGGGAACCGGCAGACGACGUGCACGGAUCCGUUCUCUCUUUGGAGUCCAACGCUUCGUCCAACUACUCUACAGAGGACAAGGUCCAAGGAGAGCAAAUCCGCAGCCUAAGACGUGAGCUGGAGUCUUCACAGGAAAAAGUGGCCGACUUGACCAUCCAGCUGACUGCUAACGCGAACCUGGUAGCUGCUUUUGAACAGAGUCUGGCACUGAUGACCGCUCGUCUGCAGACCUUGUCUGUGUCCUCAGACCAGAAGGAUUCUGAACUGAAUGAGCUGAGGGAGACCAUUGAGAUCCUGAAGACCAAAAACACAGAAGCCCAGGAACUCAUCCACGGGGCUCUCAAUGACUCUGAGCUGGCAUCUAAAGAGCUGCAGAUCAAGCGUCACAACUCGUCGGAGAGCAUCUGCAGCCUCACCAGCCUCUCCAGCCUGGGCAGCCUGAAGGAGCAGGAGGCCAAGAAGAAGAAGAAGAAGAGCUGGUUACGCAGCUCCUUCAACAAGGCCUUCAGCAAGAAGGGCUCCAAGCAGGCGGGGCCCUACGCUGACAUCCAGGAAAUUGCCACGCCGGAGUCAUCAGCCCCCUCCUCGCCCAGAGUCCACCGAGACGGAGAUGACCCUCCGUCAUCCUCCAUGAAGACCUCCGCGUCGUCGUCUGGUAACCCCCGGCUGGUGGUCUCGCACGCGUGCAACAGACUCCAUGAGGAGGGCGAGCCGGGCGACGACAAGGUCGUGUCCACCCUGAGAUCGGAACUCUGGGAGAAGGAAAGGAAACUGACUGACAUCCGCCUGGAGGCUUUAAGCUCCGCCCAUCAGCUGGAGCAGCUGCAGGACACCAUGACCAGCAUGCAGAGGACGGUGGAGAAUCUGAAGGUGGAGAACGACCAACUGAGGACCAGCGGGGGGUCGCCCUGCUCGUCUCCUGGACCCUCAAGCUCCGCCUCCCAGUCCUCGGGUCUCACGUCUCUCUGCGGUUCUUCCCCACGACAGUCGGUAGCCGUGGCUAAAGGCUAUGGCAGAAGGCUGAGUGACGGAACCAGCGCAGAUUCCAGCGAGUAUGGCGGCCUGUCCUGGCAGAGGGAUGACCACCGUGUCAGGGUGGUGGUCUGCGUGGCCCAGUUCCACGUCUUCAAAGAUCAGGAGGUCAAGCAGACUCAUCUGUUCCUCGGCACCGUCAGGGUCAACGGGAGGAUGGACUGGACCAUGCUGGACUCGGCCGUCAGCCAGGCCUUCAAGGUUUACAUUGCCAAAGUGGACCCCACCUCCAGUCUGGGCCUGUCCACAGACUCCAUCUUCACUUACAGUAUCGGACACAUCAAGAGGGUUCUGGGGGGGGACGCCCCCGAGACGCAGCCCUCUCGCUGCAUGUCCCGAGGACCCGGCGGGAUCACCGUGGCGCUGAAAGGCCUGAAGGAGAAGUGCGUGGACAGCCUGGUCUUUGAGACCCUCAUACCCAAGCCCAUGAUGCAACACUACAUCGGCCUGUUACUCAAACACCGCAGACUCAUCCUGUCCGGGCCCAGCGGGACGGGCAAGACCUACCUGGCCUCCCGCCUGGCGGAGUACCUGGUGGACCGCAGCGCCCGCGGAGUCUCUGACGGCAUGGUGGUGACCUUCAACAUGCAUCGCCAGUCGUGCAAGGAUCUGCAGCUCUAUCUCUCCAACCUGGCCAAUCAAAUCGAUCGAGAGAGCAGCUCGUCCGAAAACCCUCUGGUCAUCAUUGUGGACGACAUCCAUGACCCGGCUUCAGUCAGCGAGCUGGUGAACGGGGCGCUCACCUGCAAAUAUCACAAAUGUCCGUACAUCAUCGGGACCAGCAACCAGCCAGUGAAGAUGACCGCCAACCACAGCCUGCACCUCAGCUUUAGGAUGGUGACCUUCUCCAACAAUGUGGAGCCAGCCAACGGCUUCUUGGUGCGAUACCUCCACAGAAAGCUGAUGGAGUCUGAAGAUGAGAGAUGCUUGACCAAUGAGGACCUGAUCCGGGUGCUAGACUGGGUUCCCAAACUGUGGUAUCACCUGCACACUUUCCUGGAGAAGCACAGCACAUCUGACUUUCUCAUUGGACCCUGCUUCUUCCUAUCCUGUCCAGUCACGGUGGAUGAGUUCCGAUCAUGGUUCAUUGACCUAUGGAACCAUUCUAUCAUUCCCUACUUGCAGGAAGGAGCAAAGGACGGCAUAAAGUUACACGGCCAGAAAGCGGUAUGGGAGGACCCUGUGGAGUGGGUAAGGGACACGCUGCCUUGGCCUUCUGCCCAGCAGGACCAGGCUAAGCUGUCCCACCUUCCUCCCCCAAGCAUCAGCUCCAGCAGUCCCGGUCAGUCCGGCGAGGAGAAGUCUCGUAAGGAGACGACCCCAAGCUCUGUGGAAUCAGAUCCGCUGAUGGCAAUGCUUUUGAAGCUUCAAGAGGCUGCCAAUUACCUGGAAUCACCGGACAAAGACGAGCCCAGCCUGCCGAGACUGUGACCAAGCUUACACUUUAACCGUCAUACUUCAUAUCAAAACUUCACAGUCAUUAUUACUUGCCUGCUGUAAAAACGGUACACUGCACAUUCAGGAAUCCUAAGAAAGGGUUGCAAGUUUCAUUCCUACAAUGGAAGGUCAUGCAGUUUUUCCAAGAAGGUAUAGCGAUUGAAAAACGGAUUACAUACCCGAUUCCUAUCAGGUUCCUCUUUAUCCUCAGUCCUCGUCUUAGAUUGGUGCUAAUAGUUUAAGAUGAAACACUUCAGGUGAUGUCUCAAACAGUGCAUCAUGGGAUACGUCAGCUGUUCUCACACGCGGUACUGUAAGGUGCCCGUCUGUGGAAACCCAAGAAAGAGAGUAUGACAGCAUGAUGGAAGUUGCUCAACCGUGUCCUUCGCUUAGCUUCACAUUAUGCAAUCCUCAACGUUCCAACCAGAGCAGGUAAAACUCAAAUUCAGAAAACCAAAACAAGUUGCCUUAAAAACAAAAAUGUCUGCAUCGCCACAGCUUAAGCAGCUCACACCGGUGCUUACAUCAUUUGAACCAGCUUGUCCAGUUUCAGGUCGUUAGCUGGUCCAUGGAGGCAUUCAGAGACUGACCAUUGCUGUCAUACUCUUUUUGAUGCCAGCUAAUCACUGCACUGUACUCUUCCAGCACUACAGUAUUUGCUUCACCGUCAAGUGUGGAAUAUCACCAUUGCUGCCAUGUACACUAUACCAAGUAUUCUGACUGGAAUGACUUCCCCAGGAUGAUGACGCAGUUUCAAUCCCCUUAUUUGAAACUGGAUGCUGAAGGAGUAUUAGGGCCACACUGAAAAGAAAAAUGAGAAUAGUCACAGUUAGGUAGCAUGCAUUCGAUCAGGAUCUUGACAAUCUAAGUCUAAGACUACAUGUGACCAAUCUAAGUAUAAGACGAGAUCCGAUAAUCUAAGUCUAAGAAUCGGUCUGGCCAAUUUAAGUCUAAGACUAGUUCUGGCCAAUCUAAGUUAAAGUUAAAGUUAAAGUAGCAAUGAUUCAAAUUAUUCUCUGCAUUUUACCCAUAACCCUUGAUCACCCCCUGAGAGGUGAGGGGAGCAGUGAGCAGCAGCGGUGGCCUCGCCCGGGAAUCAUUGUGGUGAUAUAACCCCCAAUUCCAACCCUUGAUGCUGAGUGUCAAGUCUAAGACUAGAUCUAAUUAUUCUAAGUCCAAGACUAGUUCUGAAUAAGAAAAGACUAAGACUGGAUUUGACCAAUCUAAUGCCCAAGCUUCUGACCAAUUUAAGUUAAAGACUAUAUGUGACCAAUCUAAGUCUAAAACUAGAUCAGCUUAAUUGAAGUCUAUGACUCGAUUUGACCAAUCGGAAAUCUAAGACUAGAUCAGACCAAUCUAAGUCUAAGACUAGAUCAGACCAAUUUAAGGCUAAGACUAAAUGGGACCAUUCUAAGUCAAAGACUAGAUGUGACCAAUCUAAGUCUAAGACUAUAUCAGCCUAAUUGAAGUCUAAGACUCGAUUUGACCAAUCGAAAUCUAAGACUAGAUCAGACCAAUCUAAGUCUAAGACUAGAUCUGACCAAUUUAAGGCUAAGACUAAAUGGGACCAUUCUAAGUCUAAGACUAGAUGUGACCAAUCUAAGUCUAAGAAUAAAUGUGACCAAUCUAAGUCUAAGACUAAAUGUGACCAAUCUAAGUCUAAGAAUAAAUGUGACCAAUCUAAGUCUAAGACUAAAUGUGACCAAUCUAAGUCUAAGACUAGAUUGGACCAAUCUAUGGUCAUGAACUGAUGAAGUCUAAUUGGAUGAGAGACCAAACGUCUUGUAAGACAAACCAAACAGUCCAGUUGCGAUGCAUUAAAUGUCCUGAGACUACAAUGACCUGGUGAAUGAGACCGUCCAUAGACAUGGCUUGCAUUAUCUGGCCCGUACAGAUGGAAAAUAAAAUGUACCAGUUAGGCAGUGCAGCGAUCAAGUAAUGCAAGUUGCAGAAUCUGUUUAAUAAAGUUAGUUAGCACUGACCGCUAGUAGAGUUGGUAUGGUCUGGUAUGGUAUGGUACCAUUGACAAGCUGGAAAGUUCAGCGGGUUACAUGUUAGGCUACUACGUAACGCUUUAUUGAUCCCAUAUGUUGGAUUCUUGUUGCUUAAGGAGGCUAACACAUGCUAAAUAAAAUGCUAACGCGAGCUGUUAAGAUUAGCGAAUACAGUUGCUAUAAGUUAUUGAUUGUCAAAGUUUUUCGAUCAAUGACAGUUUUACUAAAAUAUCAUAAGGUAAGAUUUUUUUUUUGUACAUGUUUUCGAGCUCCACUUUUUGCUGAUAAAACCGUAGCAAACAAAAAUCCAAGGAUUUAUUUUUUCCAAAGGUGUGUCCCUAAUACUAAAGUGCAGGCCCAGGAUGAUUUUUAGUGAGAUCGGGUACCGAAACCCAAACAUUGUUCUGAGUCACGUCCGUCACCAAUGAAUGUAGAUCAAAGGUGAAGUUUGCCACCCAAAAAAUCUUAACGCUCAUUAAAAAGUCGAGUCGAAGGAGUUUAAACCGACUUUGCCAAGAGAAUCGUGGUGCUUUUCAACGUCGUCACAAAAUGUUUGUCGAGUUCAUGCAACAAUUCAGGGGCGUUUAGGGAGAAGGUUGAAACAAUAAUUUUUUAGGAUCUUGACCACAUUUCUUGAGGUUGGCGUCACGUGACACUCAGUGCGAUGUAUGACCGUGUCGAUGUAUUUGUGUCACAUGACGUCUGUGACCAUUCCACUCUAAGGUGCUCCAUGUCGUCGAUCUUCAUUAGUAACCAGACGUAACGUAGAAAGGUGUCCUUAUUGUUCUAAGAUAGAAAGGACUCAUUAGAUGACAACUCGAUAAGUUAUCUUGAUAGGAUGAAUCAAACGCUUGCUGCUUUUUGUUUUUAUUUACAUCUCAAAAUAACUCGGAGUAACUCUGUUUUUAGAAAAUACCAAAAUGGAGUUACCACACAAAAAAUGUGGGUUCAAUUCUUGUGUAGCAAAGAUGAGUUGAACAGUGAUCACCCAAAGUGUGGUUUUACAUUUUUGUAAAUAGAAAGGACUAAUCCAUGAUCUGAAGAUUGUCAUUGUCGUGCUCGUCCUAGCUGAAACUGAGGUUUGCGUCAACGUGAGUCCGGACUAGACUUCUGCUGGUGUUUGUCGCAAACAAAUAUUCUACUGUGUGUUUGACGGUAUGGAACGGAGAGCCUUAACGUUG